UGUUCCCGCGGAGCUGUGUAACGUGUCCGUACAGUUGACUCAGAGGAACCAGAAGUGAUGCUCGCGCUGCAGGAGGAGCUGGGGGCAAAGUUUCCUCUCACUUUGACUGAAACCACCGCCACAUGCCCCACCGUCGCCCGUCACGGUUUACCUUCGUGAGCUGAGUCCGAGUGCUUUCCCCCCCCCCCUCGCCCCACGCCUCCACCUCCGCCUGAUGUCUUCCUGGAUCUGGGCCUGGGUUUGGAGCGAGAGGUUUUGGCUUCCCGAAAAUGUUUCGUGGGCGGACCUGGAGCAUCCGCCACCUGGCGUGGACUACCCCCGGCUCAGGCACAUACUUUACGCCCUGCCGCUGGCUGUGGGAGUUUUCCUCCUCAGGCUACUUUUCGAGAGGCUAGUGGCCAAACCCUGUGCCCACAUACUUCAGAUUCAAGCGGGAGUGCCUCGGCGAGCUCAACCCAACGCCGCUCUGGAGAGGCUGUAUCUGUCCAAAACGUGUCCGGACGCCAGUCAACUCGAGGGACUCUCCAAGCAGCUGGACUGGGAUGUUCGGAAAAUACAGAGAUGGUUUCGCAUCCGGCGCAACCAAGACAGGCCCAGCACGCAGAAGAAGUUCUGUGAGAGCUCAUGGCGCUUCACAUUCUACCUGGCCAUUUUUGCAUAUGGGGUUUCUCAUCUAUGGAAGUCACCUUGGACGUGGGAUACAAGACGCUGUUGGUACAACUUUCCUUUCCAGCACCAGAGUCCUGAACAGUACAACCAUUAUGUGGCUGAGCUGGCUUUCUACUGGUCUCUCAUGUUUUCCCAGUUCAUAGAUAUCAAACGCAAGGAUUUCAUGAUCAUGCUUGUCCACCACCUGGCCACCAUAAUCCUCAUCACUUUCUCGUACGCUAACAACAUGCUAAGAGCUGGCACUUUGGUCAUGUGUGUGCACGACGCGUCUGACAUCUUCCUUGAGGCAGCCAAACUGGCCAACUAUGCCAAGUACCAGAGGCUAUGUGACGGCCUGUUUGUGGUGUUCAGCAUAAGCUUUUUCAUCACCCGGCUUGUCAUCUUUCCCUUCUGGAUUAUUUACAGCGUCCUGGUUGAGAGCUGGGAGAUCGUCGGGCCCUAUCACUCCUGGUGGCUGUUUAACGGGCUGCUGCUGGUCCUGCAGACUCUGCAUAUCAUCUGGUUUUACCUCAUCGCUCGCAUUGCCAUCAAAGCCAUAUUCAAGGGCAAAGUGUCGAAAGACGACCGCAGUGACAUCGAGAGCAGCUCAGAUGAGGAGAGUUAUUCCACCGGCGGGAAAAACUCUAACCAGACCUUAAACAAGGACAGCAAUCACACCAGCAACCUUAACGGAGCAAGUCAUGACCACUGAGAGCCGUGACGGGACAUGUGCUACUCCCGGCGUGGAAAACACCGAGGGGCUCGUCCAGAGACCAGAGGACGUGGAUGAAGGUGAACGUGGCGUACAGACUUGGCAGAAUCUCAGUCAGGUUUACAGUGUGAAGUUUACACUUGCUUUUUGCCAACAGAAGUAGA